GUCAAGGAGCUCCAAGCCUUGUCCUGCCUGGACUGCGGGAAGAGCUUCACGCGGAGCUCGACGCUCAACGAGCAUCGGCGUCGGCACGGGGAAGACCAAGUUGGCCAAGCCCAUGGGGGAGACCACCAGGUUGGCCAACACCCCCAUGGGGAUGACCAUCAGGGCAAAGAGCUCCAACCUUUGUCCUGUCUGGACUGUGGGAAGAGCUUCACGCGGAGCUCGACGCUCAACGAGCAUCGGCGUCGGCACGGGGAAGACCAAGUUGGCCAAGCCCAUGGGGGAGACCACCAGGUUGGCCAACACCCCCAUGGGGAUGACCAUCAGGGCAAAGAGCUCCAACCUUUGUCCUGUCUGGACUGUGGGAAGAGCUUCACGCGGAGCUCGGCGCUCAACGAGCAUCAACGUCGGCACGGGGAGCACCAGGUUGGCCAACAGCUCCAUGGGGAGAACCAAGUUGGCCAACACCAACACCUCCAUGACAAAGACCACCAGGUCAAGGAGCUCCAAGCCUUGUCCUGUCUGGACUGUGGGAAGAGCUUCACGCGGAGCUCGGCGCUCAACGAGCAUCAACGUCGGCACGGGGAACAACAGUUCGAGCUCCAAGCCUUGUCUUGUCUUGACUGUGGGAAGAGCUUCACGCGGAGCUCGGCGCUCAACGAGCAUCAACGUAGACAUGGAGAGGACCAA